CACCCAUACCCCGGCUCGGCCCGGCAGAAGAAGCCUAUUCUAAUUUUCCAUAAUAAGAUGCAAGAAAAAAGGGCUAAAUUUUGAAAAAGAACCUCUGUACCUCACUAAAUUCCAACUCUACAACCCACCUAUAAGGUCCCAUCUUUGAUCUAUUCCGAACCAACUCAGCCAUCCAAAACUUCUUGUUUUGUCUUUAUGUUUUUAGACUCUUCCCCUCCCCUUCCCCUCCCUUCCUCCUUGUCAGUUGUGGGUCCCUUGUUUUCCCUGUAAUUUGUAUACUAGUAUCUGAUUACUCUCUUUCUCAUUGCCAGCCAACUCUCUUCCCAAUUCCCAUCUCAAAACAAAAAGCUUGCACCUUUUUAGACUCCUUUUCCCCCUCUUUAAUCUACAAGAAAAAACUUGCCAUUUUUCAAGAUGUUCAGAAGAACCCAUCAACCUUCUCUAUAAAUGAAGCAACACCUUCCACCGAGUCCUUUGAAAAAAGUAGAAUAUACCUUUAAUCUCUCUUUCACCUUUUAGGAGAUUUUUUUCCUCUCCUCCCACCCUAAUUCAAGAAAAGAACAAGAAUUCUCAUUGGUUCCCUUCUGUUUCCAAGAUUUACCAAACCCCAUCAAUUUCAUCACUCGUAAUCCAAGUAGAGAUUAUCAAUAUAGGAAGAAGUUGAUAUUUUUUCAUUCUAAACCACCCAACUCCCUGUACUAGUAGAGAGAUAAGAAUACGUAUACACACAUUUUGAUUGAGGGAUGAGAGAGUUGUGGACAACGCUGGCAUCAAUGAUGGGGGUAUGGGCUUUCAGUCAAAGCCUCCUUCAAACAGUUUUCCCAGCAGAAGUCCGUUUUGCGUCCCUCAAAUUCAUCCAUCGCAUCUGCAACUGGUUCUCUGCCUAUUGCUACUAUGACAUAACGGAGAUCGACGGCGUUAAUACCAAUGAGCUUUACAACGCCGUUCAGCUCUACCUGAGCAGCUCUGCCUCCAUCACUGGGAAUCGCCUCAGUCUCACAAGGGGACUCAAUUCCAGCACCAUCACUUUUGGGCUUUCCAAUAACGAUUCCCUCAUUGACACAUUCAAUGGUACUGUUAAAGUCCUGUGGGAACACGUCGUCAUCCCAAGGCAGGCCCAGACAUUUUCAUGGCGUCCUCUCCCAGAAGAGAAAAGGGGUUUCCUCCUACGUGCCAAGAAGAAAGACAAAGCAGUGGUGUUGGGCUCUUAUCUGGAUUUUGUCAUGGAAAAAGCAAAUGAAAUUCGGAGGAAAAACCAAGAUCGGUUGCUGUACACGAAUUCACGUGGGGGUUCACUUGAUUCCAGAGGCCAUCCUUGGGAGUCGGUACCCUUUAAACAUCCCAAUACUUUUGAGACACUUGCUAUGGAUCCUCAGAAAAAAGCUGAGAUUAUGGCAGAUCUUUUGGAUUUUGCCAAUGGAGAAUCUUUUUAUCAGACAACUGGGAGGGCUUGGAAAAGGGGUUACCUUCUUUACGGACCACCAGGUACAGGCAAGUCUAGCAUGAUUGCUGCCAUGGCCAAUUUUCUUGGUUAUGAUAUUUAUGAUCUUGAAUUAACCGAGGUCCACACUAAUUCCGAGCUCAGGAAGUUGUUGAUGAAGACAAGUUCUAAAUCUAUCAUUGUCAUUGAGGAUAUUGAUUGCUCUAUCAAUUUGACUAACAGGAAAAAUAAUAAUAAUAAUAAUAAUAGUAGUACCCAUUCAUUCUCACCUCCAGGAGCAGGAAGUUGUAGUACUGAAGAUGGUGGGAAUACUAUAACUCUUUCUGGUUUGUUAAAUUUUACUGAUGGUUUGUGGUCUUGUUGUGGAACUGAGAGGAUAUUUGUGUUCACAUCCAAUCACAUUGAGAAGCUUGAUCCUGCACUGUUGAGGAGUGGGAGAAUGGACAUGCACAUUCACAUGAGUUACUGCUCUUUUGCGGCACUCAAGAUUCUCUUGAAGAAUUACUUGGGAUACGACGAUGAUGAUGUGGAGAGGCAAUUUCUUGAGCAAUUAGAGCAAGUGAUUGAAAAAGCUGAAAUGACACCUGCUGAUAUAAGUGAGGUGUUAAUCAAGAAUAGGAGGAAUAAAAACAAGGCUGUUUGGGAAUUGCUGGAAGCUUUGAGGACAAGGGCUGAGAGGAAUGAUGCUGUAAAAUCAAGUUCGGACGAUGAAGAGCAAGAGAAAAGGGCAUUAGAGAGUCCUAAACAAGGUCAAUUGCAAUUACAUGAUGACAAGGUACAUUAGUAAGUGAUAUUACAAGGGUUAAAAAAAAUAUUAAAAUUUUGCUUCUUUAAAUCUUUGUGGAGAGAAAGAAGAGACAAUAAAGUUUGCUGUUUGAAGAGAACAUAUUUACUAUUCAUGACAGAUUUUUUUUGUCAAAUAGGCAAAACAUGAAAUGACUGUAAGACAAAGGCAUCGUUCUACUAUUUUUCUCUCUUAUUGCUUGAUUUA